AGCAUUCGACGGCCUCAUUUUCAAGGAGCGACAAACGUGGCAGGACGUACAGACGACCCUCGCACCCACUUCACCGAAAUUUGAAGAUAUAGUACAAGCAACAGAUACUCCAUUUUUCCUGUCGUAAGUGAGAAGACACGAUGGCUCCAGUAAGUGCAAGUACUCAAGUCAAGAUGGCUGGUUCGCUAGCGGCCAAAGUAGGGCUCGGUGGCAUCCGGAAGGCCACCCAGAGAGUCAUCCAGAAAAAGAAAAAUAGCUCGAACCCCAUCGUAAAGAAGGCCUUCGAAACCGGAAUGCGAAGUCUAGUAGAGCACGGGAUAGGGAAAGUCCUACGAGCCGGAGGAGUCCAACGAAUGGCAGAGAGGGGGUUCUCGAAAGUCAAAAGGGAAGAGUUCCGGAAAGUGGCCGACGACGUAAAGAAACUAGCGAUGUCAGGUUUGCUGAAGGUGUUCACUCGAGAGCUCCCUGCGUGUGGCGACUCCGAGGGCAAUCAACACGAAGUGGGUGGAGGAAAGUUAUAUAAUUCUACUCGAGAGUCAGAGGUUGACUUUCAUAGCUUUUUAAAUUAAGGAAGUCUAUGGGUAAAUUAAUAACUUUUAAUACCGUUUUUAAGAAUAAAAUUUUAAUGUAUGUGCA